CCGGGCCAGCUGUCAGUCAUGAGCUCACUUCCUGCGGGUGUGAGCACCAUGGCUCUGCUUUGUAUGGACGUGCGGGGGGAUUUUUGACAGCAGCUCGCGCUGCGAGGAAAUAAACGCUGAGAAGGACGCGGCCGGUGUUGGGGAGUAUCUCCGCCUGCACCGCCGGCUCCCCCCUCCAGACUCCCCCCUCUCUCUCUCUCUACAUGGCGGCUCUGGAAAGCAGUAAGUCUGAUGAGUGAGAGUGCCGCCCGCCCGCUCCUCCACCAUAAUGGUCGACAUGGAGAGCCACUACUACUCCCCUUCCUCGCUGGAGGACUCUGUGCUGGACAGUCCCCUCUGUGCUGACGAUGAUUUCAUAGGCGGCAUGGAGGAGCUCCAGGACAUCUCUCAGUCCAUAGACGGCGAUGCCCUCGGCUCCUUCCACGUCCCUGAAUACCAGUCUUCCAGCAAUGGCUCCGAAGGUUCAACAGUCCUGGAUGCCUUGACGCCAGCGUCCAGCCCGUCGUCGGUUGUUUACGGCCUGCAGGCGAGCCAGGAUGAGUUCUCGCCGCCCUCCUCGUCGCUCCAUCUGGAGUGUCGGGUGUGUGCUGACCGAGCCUCCGGAUACCACUACGGCGUCCACGCCUGUGAGGGCUGCAAGGGUUUUUUCCGGCGGACCAUUCGUCUGAAACUGGAGUACGACAAGUGUGAGCGCCGCUGCAAAAUCCAAAAAAAGAAUCGUAACAAGUGCCAAUACUGCCGCUUCCAGAAGUGCCUGUCGGUGGGAAUGUCCCACAAUGCCAUCCGGUUUGGUCGGAUGCCCCAGUCAGAAAAGCUAAAGCUAAAGGCGGAGAUGGUGACGGGGGAACGAGAGGUGGAGGAUCCCCAGGUGGCAGACCAGAAGACCCUGGCCAGGCAGAUUUACGAGGCCUACCUCAAGAACUUCAACAUGAACAAGGCCAAGGCCCGAACCGUGCUCACGGGCAAGACCAGCACCCCUCCUUUCGUCAUCCACGACAUGGAGACCCUCCAGCUGGCUGAGCAGACGCUGGUGGCCAAGAUGGUCGGCUCGGCAGGAAUGCUGAAGGACAGGGAGGCCGAAGUGCGGAUCUUCCACUGCUGCCAGUGCACGUCGGUGGAAACCGUCACCGAGCUCACGGAGUUUGCAAAGUCCGUCCCCGGCUUCUCCAGCCUGGACCUCAACGACCAGGUGACUCUUCUCAAGUACGGAGUGUACGAAGCCCUCUUCGCCAUGCUCGCCUCCAGCAUGAACAAGGACGGGCUUCUCGUAGCAUACGGCGCAGGGUUCAUCACUCGGGAAUUCCUCAAGAGCCUGCGGCGGCCCUUCAGCGACAUGAUGGAGCCCAAGUUCCAGUUCGCCAUGAAGUUUAACGCGCUGGAGCUGGACGACAGCGACCUGGCCCUGUUUGUAGCCGCCAUCAUCUGCUGUGGCGACCGACCAGGCCUGGUGAAUGUGGCUCACAUUGAGGAGAUGCAGGAGAACAUUGUGCAGGUCCUCCAGCUCCACCUGCUGGCCAAUCACCCCGACGACGCUUUCCUCUUCCCCAAACUGCUGCAGAAACUGGCCGACCUCAGGCAGCUUGUGACGGAGCACGCACAGCUGGUGCAGGAGAUCAAAAAGACAGAGGACACCUCGCUGCACCCGCUGCUGCAGGAGAUCUACAGAGACAUGUACUGAGACGUGUGAAGGAAUAACCGGGAGAGGGACGCUUCGACCCAUCUCGUUUUUGUCAGGGACACAAGAGGAGCGGUCCCCCCCAACCCCCACCCCCACCCCCGAUAAGCUAGGGGUGAGCCACUGAACCCCCAAAGUGCUUGCGGUCGUGGCAGGACGCCGCAGGUCAUCUCGGGCUGACCCCCAGUGGUGUGGACCGGACCCUCCCAGUCAGAUUCAGUCACAGAUACCGAGAUGUGAUAACACAGCUGAUCAAGCCCCUAUCAGGCCGCCGGUGUAUGCAAUCUCUGACCAAACUCUGAAUGCUAAUUUGAAGCUCCCUCGAUGACCUCUUUGGUUAUCCUGACCUUCAAACGAGGAAGCAAAGUGAGCUUGAUAAUUACCACUCCAGCUGUAUGUUUGAGAAGAUUUUUUUAUAUAUAUACUGAAGUCAAAGAGCCAUAUACCUUCAGAGGGACGAUUACCUGAAUGACUUCAGCGGUAGCACCGAGAAUACAGUUGUAAAGCAAGGCAGCUUCAGCUAAUUUGGUUAUCAGACAGAGGUUAAUGUUGUCGAUACACCAGCCCUUCAGCGCGUUUCUACACCGUUUUCAAAACCAGACACAUCUGAGGUGUCUCCGAGCUCCUAAACUAUAUCAUUUAAUUGUACUGUAUAUCCUUCAAAGCCAUAUUUUUGAACGGCGCAGCAAAUGCUCACAUUUCCCUAACAAAACCAACACUUAACUGUCAAUUUAUCCACAAACUUUUGAGACAACAGUACGUUUACACUUGAAUAAAGGUUACAGAAUGUCAAUAGGAAGCCUGAAAUGACCACUGGUAACCAUCUGCAGUUCACACACAGAACCACAAUGCACAUCUGAAGCACAAGCAACCCCGCUGUGUUUGUUUGACAUCGUCUGUCCAAUGCCUUUUUCUUGAACACAUGCACAGAUGUUUGGCACUCCAUCCUGUUUCAUGUCCUGGUAUUUAGGAGGAAACACCAAGUGAACCAGCUGUAAUACUGAAAGAUUUAUUAUAAUUGAUUCAGUUUUCACUCCUUUUAUCUCCUUAUCGGUCCUAUUUUAUUCACGGUUUUGUGAAUGUCACAGUCUGUGCACAACAAUUAUGACAAACGAUUUGUUCUUUUUUUUUCCCCACAAAGAAAACGCCUGUGAUGUGUGACUCCUUAUUUUCAGUCUGGUCUGUUAGUUUAAAUCGAGUAUUAAAUUUCAAACAUUUUGAGCCAAUGAAGUUUUACCUCAGUCUGCCUGGUGAUUAAGAUCAAAUAUAUUUCCAUUCUAUAGUGUGUGUGUAUUUUUUCCAACUGACAAUGAUGGUGACUUGGCAUGUGAAAAGGCCACUCCUGCAUUUUCUUUUUUUUUUCUUUUUUAAAUCAUACUGCCUUUUGUACUAAAAUGAUCACGCUGAGCAGAUGAAUUAAAGCAAGGGAAUUCUGAUGAGGAAAUUAUGGAAGCGUGCAUGUCGAAUGGCUUGGAUGAUACUUAUGUGAGCCUGUGAGAAAAUGCGUUUCUCAACCAAAAUGUCCGAAAAUCAUCAUGGCAUAAUUCAGACAGUUGCCGGUGAAGGGUUGUUUGUUUUAUAAUGACAUUACAUUCUAUAAAUACAGCUCCUGUACAUAGCUGAAAUCAAUGCAUUGACUGCUUGCCCCAACUUGAACUAUCGAGGUAUACAAGGUACUAAUGAUGAUCAACUUUUGUAUCCCUAAGCUUGGUAAACACUUUAAAUGUUUCUUUUUUUUUGUUUGUUUGUUUUUGCAGUAUAUGUAGUUAUUUACUGUCUGUGUUUUCCUUAAAUACCACAUGUUUAAAUUGAAUUGGAUCAUAUUUUUUAUACUACAGUCUACAUGUAUGACUAAAUCAAAUAUUUUUUUUUAUUUGCAAACGGCACAGUUAUGUUGAAGAGUGCUGUGUAAAUAGAUUUAAGGUGUAACAGGGCAACUGAUGAACUGAAUAUCCAUACAUCCAAACCCCACUGGGGACAUUCCUUUGAUUGCUAUCUUUAGACGGAGAAAGAUCACUUUAUUUCAGCUGCACUUCGCUGAUGUUCUCAAUUAAGCUCUUAUGGUUUAAACUGAAAGUAUUCAUGCAGUGUGCAGAGGGCAGCAGUAGCACACGACUCCAGGUGGUUGAUUAAAACCUGACCUCAGUGACCUUUGGAUACUAGGAAAAAGCAUGUAUUUCCUCGAAAAGUGAAGCGGCCGCCGAGCACUGACAACACAGAGCUGAUCUCCUCUUCUUACACUCGUCUCUCAGGUUGCACACUAGAAAACAAAAAGGGUAAUAUAUGCAUAGAGAUUCAUCAUAGUUGUCAAAGCUGUUCCGUCGCUGCCUCGUCAUACUGAACAAACACAAUAAUUAUAUUUUUGAAUACACAAUACAUCUUUGUUAGUAAGAGGCAAAAUGCACUUAGGAUUUGCCAUCACAUCACACACUAUUACAGUAAAGAUGAUGCAGUAAUGAACAUGCAGUAAAUGUUUUUUUUUUUUUUGUAAUCCUGAUUUUGUCAUACUUUAACUCCUUUUCACCGCUCACUCGCUGCUAUAACUCACCAAACAUUUCUUAUGCCAUGAGUAGAUUACUGACGUUCGAGCUGCCUCUACUUUGUCUGUCUGUCACUGAAUGUCGGAUCCGCCUGCAGAACUCGUCCAGCGCAGCUCCGUUUUCUUUACUUGGCAUGUUCCUGGGUCUCCCGGAGCCCAGAGUUGCUUGGGGGAACAACCACAAACAUUGUGUGCCUUACCGUGUGGAAAUGCCAUGUAAAAUAUACCAGAGAUUCAACAAAAAUGAAACUUGACUUGUGCUCACACACACACACACACAUUACAGUCCCACAGAAAUGAAAUGUUACUGUACUGAUUCAGGAAAGAACAGUAAGUGCUCAACAUCAUCAUUGGAGCUUUGGUACCAUUUCAACAAUAAUAACUGAUUUUCUUUUUCCUCCAAUUAAAAAAACAAAGAGCAGAAUUAAAUCUUAAACAGUAGAGCAAGACUGGAGGAGAAGUCAUGUGUGAAUUUGUGACUUACCAUUAGGAGUGUCUGUUUUGUGAAUUUACAAGGGACUUUUUAACUUGUAUCAGGGAAUCUUAGUCUUCCUUUGUUGAACUAGCUCAGGAUUAUAGAUAAGUACUGUUUUUCCUUCUCUAUCUUCGUCUCUCUGGGGUGAGAUUGUAGUGUUCUGCCUUACAGCACACAGACACCAACAGUAGUUAUUGUUAAUUUGACUUUCAUUUUCAUUUUCCAGAAGUCACAGAAAUGUAUUACCAGAGGGGCAGCAGUUAUAGGAAAUAGAUAUUUGACCUUUUUUUCCCCCCUUCCUGAGUUUAUGGAGUUUGUUUUUGUGGCUAUAGUGUAACGCAAAGAUACAGAGACUGUCCUUGGAUGUGUUGUUAAUGUGUACUGUGGCUUGAUAAUACUGUAAAUGUUUAAUGAAUGUAUAUUUAGUCAUUUACAGAAUGAAACAAAUUGACAUUGAAUGGAUUUAAAAAUAAAAUGAUUUU